AUGUUAGAAGGUCAGCGUAAACAGAAAAAAGUGGCUAUCUUAGGGGACUCCAUGUUGGAAUACCUUAAUCCGAGAAAACUGCAGCAAGGCCUGGAACAGAAGAUUACGAUUAACACAUUCUCAGGUGCAAAAAUUGAAGAUAUGAACCACUACGUAAAACCUACCCUAUGUACAAUACCAGACGAGAUCAUUCUGCACAUAGGAACAAACAACCUGAGAAAUAAUAACCCUGCUGUUGUCAUUAACGCUAUGGGUAAUCUCGCCGACACUAUUGCACGCCAGAACAAGGAUGUCAAAGUUACAUUAUCUGAAGUUAUAUCAAGAUCAGACAAUCAUAGCAUGGUUGAAAAG